UCAAUCAAAAGAAAGAAAUCGUGAAAAGAGCACUUCAAGAGCCAGAAGCUCCUCACGAGGAAAAAGUCCUGCAAGGAAAUCUGACAAACGAGGUAAAAGUCCGUCUCCUGGGCGCAAAAGUCCCUCAGGCGAAAAGCUUUUGAGUACUUCAAAAAAUUCCGGUUCUAAUAGAUCUAGAAGUCCAAGUCCUCGUCCAAAAAGUCCUGGUCGUAAUAAUUCGUCACGUUCAAAAAGUCCCCGCAGUAACCAUAAUAGAGCGGGAAGUGAUAAUUCAAAUAAUAAAUCUAGUUCUCAGGAUGCUCGUGUAGGAUUAGGCAAUAAAAUUUUACAUCCAUGGGUUGCCCCUUCUCUCAAUUUAAACGGUGAAAAGAACAAUUCAAAAAGUGCGAAUCGAUUAAGUCUCCCAAUUUUUCCUGAUAACGCUAGUUUAAAUGCCAUGCGUGAAAGGAAUGAAAUAUUGGCUUCAAAAUUAAAUCUCGUCCCAUCUGAAAGCAAAGGAAUGGGUAAUUUUUCUAAACCUAUUAACAGCCUUAGAGUCUCUGUCACGCGUCCAAAACUUCAUGUUGAAACUUUCAGUCAGUUACUUGGAAGCAAAGCUAUGCAAAGAACUCAAUCAAGUCAACGUGUUGGAAAAAAUAAUGAUUCUCCAUUAGUGAUCGCUGGUCUUCCUUUAAACCGGUCUAGGAGUCAAAAUGCUGCUAUGGAUAGCAAUACCACUACUUUACCUGCUUCAUUUUUGAAAGAAUUAGAAAAAACACAUCCUCUUCAACAUUCUUGGACAAUGUACUAUGAUAGCAAGCCAGUUAUGACUCCUGGCCCUAAAACACCAACAGGAAUGUUAUCAUAUGAAGAAAAUUUGCAGACUAUUGGUACUUUUGACACGGUACAAACCUUUUGUCGAUAUUUUAACUGGGUAAAAAAACCCAGUCAACUGGAGUUAAAUACAAACUUCCAUAUAUUUAAAGAUAAAAUUAAACCAAUGUGGGAAGACCCUGCUAAUGCUAAUGGUGGAAAAUGGGUAAUCUCUAUGAGAAAUCCCCCAUUACUUGAUCGAUGUUGGACUUGGCUCGUAUGUGCUUUGGUUGGCGAAGAAUUAGAUGAAAAUGAUGAUAUCUGCGGGGCAGUAAUGUCUCGUAGGAUUAGAGGUGAUCGUAUUGCCGUAUGGGUUCGGGAUAAAGAUAAUGUUGGUGUAAUUAACGGAAUUGGUCGACGUUUAUUAAAAAUUCUUGAUUUGCAAAAUGAAAAGGGAAUCGGAAUGGAUUUCCAGUUCAAUGAAGAUGCAUUGAAAUCUGGUACAUCAUAUAAUAAUCGUGUAUACUUAUCUCUUGAAAGUCUUAAACAAGAAUUAGAAAAUGAAGAGAAGGCUAGACUAGAAGAACUUGCUAAGUCCGCAAAAAGACAAAGCAUAACUUUUGAUGACUCUAAAACUGAUACUACUGUAACAACUCCAGAUAUUGUCACUAUAGAUGUGGACGCUGAAAUAGACGCUGCUAAUGCUAAAAUUAAUUUGUCUGAUAAAAAUAAUAAAGAAAAUGAUGAUCAGGAUGAUAGUCAAAAAGAAAAUGAAGAAAAUGGUGUUUAUGACAAUGUCGAAGAAAACGACUAG